AUGGUGGAGAACAAGCGACGACUGGCGAUGACUUUGUGCAGGCCUGAUGCUUUGGCUAGUGCAGCCAAGUUGGCUGCCACUGGAGAAGGCCUAAUGAGUGACAUCGAUUCAGCGACAGCUGACCCAGGUGAUGGUUUGACCAUCCAGCUGCAGCGUCAGAAGCACCGGAUUAUCGGAUUCUCCUUCGCCAGGCAUGUGGUGCUGAGCGUGGUUGGCAUCCAUUGCUUCUAUCAUCGCUCCGGUCCAGGCUUCGCUCAGCCACCUGCAGAGCCUGCAGACGAAGCUGUCAGUCUGCUGGUGGCCGAAACGCGUUCGCGUGGCCGAGACUAUUUGGCGCUGUCCGUGACAGGUGAAGCAGGUUGUGCAGAUAAGCCAGAGGAUUUGUUGGAGGAGUUAGAUGCUUGGACUUCCGAGAAAAAACAUGGCUACUUCAGGUCGCAGCAAAGUGUGUCCCAAAGGUCGACUUAUCGGACGCUGGGCUCGGAUGAGCUGCGACAACGGAUGAACAGCCACUGGGACCAGGGCCGUUUGCUCGUCUCAUGCUAUGACGCCUUCGCGUGGCUGCGCACUGGAAAGCGUCCGGUGCAUGGAGAACCGCCCACCGCGGAGGAUGUGCUGCGCAGCAUCGCGCGGGUGCUGGAACGUCCAUCCACGGAAGCCAGUGAUGUUGAACUGCUUCAAUGGAUUGGGGAAGAGUAUGGCGAAGAUGGCUUGCAGCGAUUGUUGGAGGCUGUGAAGGAUCCAGACAAAGAUGCAGUGGACGAGCUGAAGGAAUUUUUCAGCUGGUUUCGCGACCUCUUUCCCUACUACCAUGGAGCCUGCGGAUCUUGCAUGAAUGAGACUACGCAUUUCCUGGGCGUAGUCAGGCCUAGCGAGGUGGAGCGUGAAGAUGGGGGAGCAGGAGUCUCUGAGAUCUAUUUCUGCGAAGGCUGCAACUGCACCACCAGCUUCCCCCGUUUCCGGCGGGUGCGUCCGGUCUUGGCGUCGCAACGGGGUCGCUGUGGUGAGUACGCCUGGCUGGCGCUGAGGCUGGUGGAAGCCCUCACUUUGCCUGGUCGAUGGGUGGACAACCACGCAGGGCAUGUCUGGGUUGAAGCUCUCCUAGACGGACGUUGGGUGCACAUCGACCCUUGCGAAGCCGUAGUGGAUGAACCACUUCUUUAUGCCACUGGAUGGGGACGAUGUCCUUCACACGUCUUGACUUACCAGGCCAACGAGUCUGGUGUCUUCAUCGAGGACGUCACCGACAGCUACCGCCCAGCUGAUGCUGAAGCGUUGCCGCAGAAGGAGCUUUCGCAGGUCAAAGACGCCAUUGCGAAAGCGCUGCGCUUGCUGGAGAGACAGCAGGCAGAAGCCAAUGCUGAAGGAAAAAAUGGGGGAGAGAAGCACAACAGCAAUACUGCAACAGUGUGUGCCAAUGCUUAUGCUGCGUGCAUUGCUGCCUUCGUUGCGAGCACGGGAUUUUUCCACGGCUAUGACAACGCCGUGGUGAACGAUGUCUUUACAAUGCCCAGCUUCCGCAACAUGAUGGGAUGGCCAGAGGAAGACAAUGCCGAAGUCGCCUUUUGGGAAGGCUUCACGGUGAAUGGUUUCAACCUGGGUGCCGCGGUGGCCGCUGUCCUGGCCGGGCACCUCUUAGUGGACCGCCAUGGCCGGCGCCCCGCGCUGAAGCUGGGCACCAUGCUCUUCGCGUGCGGCGGAGGCUUGCAGGCGUCGGCCAUGAAUCAACUGAUGCUGAUCUUCGGUCGUCUGAUCGCUGGCGUGGGCGUGGGUAUCACCUCGGCAGCAGGACCGGCCUUUAUCUCAGAAGUAUCUCCUUCACAGAUUCGUGGAAUGCUGGUGGGAGUCUACCAGAACAAUGUGUGCUUAGCCAUCGUUUUUGCCGCCCUGUUGAACUACUUCGUACACGACCUUGCGUUUGGAUGGCGCAUUUCCCUGGGCCUGCAGGUGGCUUUGGGCUGCCUGGUCUUCGUGGGUUUGAUCUUCGUCUGCGAGACACCACGCUUCUUGGAAUCCAAGGGACGCUCCAGCGAGGCUUUGGAGGUGCUCACGCGCUUGCGCGCAGGGAACAGAGAUGCAGCCAAACAAGAGCUGACAGAAGUGCAGGACGAACUGGCAGAAGAGCAGCAGACGGGCGAAGCGGCAUGGAGUGAAAUCUUUACCACACCAUUCUUUCGAAACGUGGUCCUGAUCGGUUGCUUGGUACAGUUCUUCCAAAUCACCACGGGCAUCAAUGCGGUGGUGAGUUUUAGUGGCACCCUCUUCAAGGCGCUGGGGAUUUCUGGCAUCGGACCUUCCUUGGUCCCUUUCAUCGCCUUUACCGUGGGAAAUGGCGUGGGCAGUUUCUUCUUGGUGGACCGCGCGGGUCGAAGAGUGCUGCUCCUGUAUGGGAUGAUUACCAUGUGCAUCACCAUGUUAGUAGGUGGAGCUAUCGCUUUGCUGGCCCAUGACCCCACCACGGGGGAGAUUCAGUCGGCGGCCGGGGUGGUCAUUGUCGCCAUGAUCGUGACUUACAUGUUCGCCUUUGGAAUCUCCUGGGGCUUCGGCGCCUGGCUCUACAUCUCCGAGAUCAUGCCGCUGCGCGUGCGCGGCAAAGCGGUGGGACUCUGCACCGCGGUGAACUGGGGUCCAGCGAAUGUCCUGAGCGCCUUCAUGACACCUCAGAUGAUCUCAUCACCCAUGGGACCGGGAGGGACCCUGCUGUUCUUCGGAUGCGUGUGCCUCAUAGUGAUUCCUUUUGCGGCAACAUGUUUGCCGGAAACGAAGGGAAAAUCCUUGGAAGAGGUGGUGCCCCUCUUUCGCUUUUCAGGAUGGUCAGGCUUUCGCCACUUUGUGAAGGGAAACUUGAAGGGCGGCCUGGGCUUCACGGGGGAGCUCUCUGUCGAUACCUGCAGCACCGAGACCGGUAGCUACGAAUCUUGA